AUGGACAGCCCAUACCGGCUCGAACUAGAAGUUGCCAUCCAUGCAGCGCAGACAGCUGCAAAUAUUAGCCGUAUGGCCCUUUCAGCUGCGCAGACCGAUGCUCCAUCUGCGGCUGCCUUCGACCUUAUCAAGGACGACCUCAGCCCCGUCACCGUCGCUGAUUUUGCCAUUCAGGCCGUGCUUACACGCACUCUUCGCAAUGCCUUUCCAGAGGAUGGCUUCGUCGGUGAGGAAUCAGCGGAUGAGCUAAGGAAAAAUCCCAAGCUACUGGAUCGCGUGGUCGCCAUCGUUAGACAGUGUGCAGGGGACUCACUGUUCCGCGACGCUGAUGAUUUGUGCGACGUCAUCGACUCAUGUACGACGACUAAAUUAAGUGGCCCUAGUCCGUCUAGGAUUUGGGUAUUCGACCCUAUCGAUGGGACCAAGACUUUUAUGCGUGGCGAGCAAUAUGCCAUCAACAUUGCCCUGCUACUAGAGGGGAAACAGAUGCUAAGUGUUGUGGCUUGCCCCUUGCUCUCCGUUGCCGCCACCGCUCCAGUACUGGAUUCUUCGAUUGAUCCAACGGGAGAAGGGUGCAUCGUGUUCGGUGUUCGCGGCUACGGAGCUUAUGUAAGGCCUCUCUCUGGAGAGUGGGAUGAAGUACAACCACGGAGGCUGGAACGGCAUGCCGAGAAGGUCACGUCCCCCGAGCAACUUCGCAACGUCACCUGCUGGGCGCUUCUUGACUCCGGCGUCGAUGUCGUACACAAGGGAGUCGCUGAGCAGCUAGCUGUGCCAUUCCCGGGUUGCGAUCUGCUCGGCUGGGUCCCAAGAUGGGUGGUCAUGGCUCUUGGCCUGGCCAAUAUGACCGUCUGGGUGUAUAAGACGCGGGAUCGAUACGCAAAAAUCUGGGACCAUGCCGGCGCUAUGCUGCUCUUCGAAGAGGUUGGCGGCAUGAUUACUGAUGUGCAUGGCAGACAGAUUGAUCUCACCUCAGGGAGGAAACUUCAGGCAAACUUUGGCUUUGUGGCUGCUCCGAAGCAUCUCCAUCAGUUGGUCCUCAAAGCAGUCCAUGAUACCCUAAAAGCAAAUGGGAGAGAGGAGCUCUUGGCUUGA